AUGUCGGAGGUGGAGAUCCUGAUUGCUGUCGACUUCCGGUCAGUGUCCAAGAGUUGCCGACCAUAUGCCUGCUUUGCUUACGACCAGCGGGACCCAGACAGGUGUAAUCGGGACGUCAACACCUAUGGGGGCUGCCGCUGGUCGGACUGUGUCAUCCAUGAUGCCUACAAAGAGGUCAGGUCUGGCCCCUUUUUCUGGAAGGACGGGACCUUCAACAUCAGGGUCCGGGACCCCUGGGACCAGCGAUGGGCUGUGGGCGUUAUGGGAAGACUGUAUGGGGAUGGUUGGAGCUCGACCCCUUCAGGGACCAUCUACAUCUCCCGGGAAUAUGUCAUGGCCCAGGAGGCCCAACUCCAGGUCUCCAACAGCAGCCUACAGGCCGAACAUCCCCUUAAAGGGAAACUGCCUGAUUCCCCUCGGGAAGAAGUCCUGUCUUCUUGGCUCCAACUUAUCCAACACACUCUACUAUUCCUUAACGAGACCCGCACCCUGCCCAAUGUCUCGCACUGCUUUCUAUGUGUCUCUCUCCAAAGACCUCUGCUGGCUGCUGUCCCACUCGUGACUCCAGUGGGAACCCAAGGACACGGUGAAUGUCAGCCUCCCCUGACUGGCAUUCCCCUCUGGGAACCCGAAACUCCGGAACCCACCUUGCCCCCGCGGAUAUGCUACCAGACCAGCAACCCGGUAACUGUGGGACGGGUCACUUGGAACUGUACCCAAAGCCACACGGCAGCCAGUCCCACCAAGGCCAGCCCGGGCACCUUCUUUUGGUGCAACGGCACCGUAAGCAACUGCAUAAACUCCUCUGAUCCCGGGCCUUGCUUCGUAGUCACAGUAGUUCCCCAACUAACCUUGUAUGGAGAGUCAGAGCUCGCCUGGUUGCGCCCUUCAUCCCAACCCCGGGCCCGCCGGGCCGCCUUCCCCCCUGUCAAGUUGGGGGUAAGUAUCGCUGCCUCAGUAGGCCUACCUGGGGGGAGCCUCGGGAACAGCAUAAUCUCUGCUCAGGAUUUCAAUGACAAACUCCAGAUAGCCCUGGACUCUACUACUGCCUCCUUAGCCUCCCCGCAGCGGCAAGGAACAUCAGUAGCCCAAAUAGCCCUGCGGAACCGACAACGGGCCCUAGACCUUCUCACUGCGGAAAAAGGAGGAACCUGCAUGCUCCUUCAAAAAGAAUGCUGCUACUACAUCAACAAGUCCGGAGUGGUGGAACAGAACCUGGAGGCCCUGACUAAGCUGAGUGAAGAAUUACAUGCACACUCCCGGGACAACUCUCUUUUCCGCUGGCUCCAAAGCCCUUCAGCUACCUGGAUCCUACCCCUGAUAGGGCUUCUAAUUCUCAUCUGUGUCUUUCUUUCCCUAGCUCCCUGCCUCCUCAAAUGCAUCCGCUCCCGGAUGGAUGGAGGAAAUGUCUCGAGUGACUGUAAACCAGCUUCUGCUCUAUCCCUACACUUGGUUGCCCUUCAACCCGCCUCUGCCUGA